UCACGAGUUUUCCUGAAAGUCAAAACAACCGUUGGCUGCGGUUAACGUCAGCGCCUCGGAAAUCCGUUUAAUGUGUUAGCUUUAUUAUUAUUUCGGUCAACGCCUCGUUUUUACCUUUACUGCGGCGUGUGUUCAUUAAUUCACUCAGAAAAGAGGAGGAAAAAAUAACCCGGGCGGUUAGUGGAGAGCAGGUGCACCGGGAAAUACCACAACACCUGCAGCUACAGGCUGAGUCACUACUGGUGAGGAGGAAGGUCUGGAGAGGAGGAGGAGGAGGAGGGGGAGAAGAAGAAGAAGAAGGCAGGGAGAUAAGCAACAACAGGAAGGAAAGCGACACACACACAAACGUUACACACACACACCUCGUGUUUGUGUGUCUGAGAGGGAGACUGCGCGAUCGAGAGGGUGAACAGGAAAGGAAGGGAGGGAGAGUGACGCGGAGGCUGGGAGAGCCGCCCCCCCCCUCCUCCUCCUCCUCUACUCCUCUCCCUCUCUCCUCCUCUCCUCUUCUCCUCCCCUCCUCCCUCCCUCUCUCUCUCUCUCUCUCUGUGGAGCAGGCGUGUAGCGGCAUCACACUCGGCGUGAAGGAACCAUGAGCGAUGUCACCAUCGUUAGAGAGGGAUGGCUCCAAAAACGGGGUGAAUACAUAAAGAACUGGCGGCCUCGUUACUUCCUUCUGAAGACAGACGGCUCCUUCAUCGGCUACAAAGAGAAACCUCAGGAUGCAGACCUGCCCUACCCUCUAAAUAACUUCUCUGUUGCAAAAUGUCAGCUGAUGAAGACAGAGAGGCCGAAGCCGAACACCUUCAUCAUUCGCUGCCUCCAGUGGACCACCGUCAUCGAGAGGACCUUCCACGUGGACUUGCCUGAUGAGAGAGAUGAGUGGACAGAGGCCAUCCAGAUGGUGGCCGACAAGCUGCAGAGACAAGAGGAGGAAAGGAUCCAGUGCAGCCCCAACACCAACAUCGACAACAUGGUGGAGGAGGAGAUGGACAUCUCCACCACGCACCACAAACGCAAGACAAUGAGCGACUUCGACUACCUGAAGCUGCUUGGAAAGGGAACCUUCGGUAAAGUGAUUCUCGUGCGGGAAAAGGCCAGCGGUAAAUACUACGCCAUGAAGAUCCUUAAAAAAGAAGUCAUCAUAGCCAAGGAUGAAGUGGCUCACACACUCACAGAGAGCAGAGUACUGAAAAACACCAGACACCCCUUCCUCACUUCAUUGAAGUAUUCAUUCCAGACUAAAGACCGCCUCUGUUUCGUCAUGGAAUAUGUGAAUGGAGGAGAGCUGUUUUUCCAUUUGUCCAGAGAGCGGGUGUUUUCAGAGGAGCGCACGCGCUUCUACGGUGCCGAGAUCGUUUCGGCUCUCGACUACCUGCAUUCAGCCAAGAUUGUGUACCGGGACCUCAAGUUGGAGAACCUGAUGCUGGAUAAAGACGGGCAUAUCAAAAUCACAGAUUUCGGCCUCUGCAAGGAGGGCAUCACAGACGCUGCUACCAUGAAAACCUUCUGUGGCACGCCCGAGUACCUUGCUCCUGAGGUCCUGGAGGACAACGACUACGGCCGAGCGGUGGACUGGUGGGGUCUGGGCGUGGUGACGUACGAGAUGAUGUGCGGACGACUGCCGUUCUACAACCAGGACCACGAGAAGCUGUUCGAGCUUAUCCUCAUGGAGGACAUCAAGUUCCCCCGCACACUGUCCUCCGACGCCAAGUCCCUGCUGUCAGGCCUGCUCAUCAAAGACCCCAACAAACGGCUCGGUGGAGGACCAGAUGACGCUAAAGAAAUAAUGAGACACAGUUUCUUCUCUGGCGUGGACUGGCAGCAUGUUUAUGAUAGAAAGAUGGUUCCUCCCUUCAAGCCUCAGGUGACGUCGGAGACGGACACCAGAUACUUUGACGAGGAGUUCACGGCCCAGACCAUCACGAUCACUCCACCAGAGAAAUUCGACGAGGACGGGAUGGACUGUCUGGACAACGAGAGACGACCGCACUUCCCGCAGUUUUCCUACUCUGCCAGCGGGCGGGAAUGAACUGUUGUCACGGUGACAUCAUCACAGCUGGUCUCUGAGGUCAUCAGCGUGGGACAGAAAGACCCACAGCUUUGGACCGACCCAAAAAGACUUGAAGGAUUUUUCCCCUCUCCUCCUCGUCCUCUCUUUUUCACCUCUGCAGUCUGCUUCCAUUUUUUUCUAAUUUUGGUGAAUCCCUUUUUAGAAAGAACUCCCAGGCAAAUUUACUUGUGAUCCUGCACUGCAGCCCUAGGUGAUCCGAACUGUGAUGUGAUCAGUUACUAUGUAAUGUCCCUUUAAUGACAGGAGCAUCACCGGUGGCCUGCUGUGCUUGACAUGUGUCAAACUCCUAAACUGAUCCACUUAGAGAACAGCUGAUGUGUUUUAAGGAGGCUUCUCAUCAGUAAGAAGGAGAUAUAGCAUUUCAUUCAAACCUAAACUGCCGUUACCGGUUGUAUCUCAGGCUUUUUGCAAACAGAGAGAUGCUCUCAGACUCAGAGACACUCGGGUCUGGUUUCAAACCUUCACCUUAAAGGUUCGGGGAUUGAUUGAGGCUGCCUUGCAUUUGCAGUUGUCACCAGUGAGAUGAAUCCUGAAGCAGGAUGUCACUCAGGUUUUGCUCAGUGCAAUCCAUUAUUAUUGUUGCUGCUAUUUCAACUUCUACAGGUACUACUACUACUACUACUACUACUACUAUAUACUGCUACUACUGAACCCGGUGCUACACUGCUAGCUUAAUGCUGCAGAUCAUUAUACAGGCGCCAGCAACACAUCAAACACUUUAUUAAUGUCUAUGCUUGAAAAGCUGCAGAACAGCUGUUGCUAUGUACAGCUCAACUCUGUAGGUUAUUAUAGGAUGUCAUGUUUGUGUGAGUGCGCAAGAUAUUAUAAUAGGUUUGUGUUUAAGAUCGCACUUCAAAGCACAGCAGUUCAGAAGGAUGAAGCUCCCAAACCAUGAGCUUUACUACAUUACCCACAGUGCAGUGCAAGGUGGUUCAUGUAUCCAUCUGUGAGGAGGUGAAAACGAGAGGAAGACAGUUAGUUUUGAAUGUUUUUGUUUGUUUAUUUCUCUAAUUCCCUCUGAGUGUAAUUCUGUCGUGUCCCUAAAGAGAACAGGAAAGUGAGACGCUCUUCGUGUCGAUGACGAAGCUUUACCGUGACGAGUUGUUGUCACGGCUUUUUGAACCACAUGGCUGUACCUCUCUGUCUCUGAAGGAAAGAGAGACUGACGCAGGAGCAGAUUCACCACAGAGUGAGAAAAAAGUCCAGGCCGGGCAUUGGUGAUAAGAUUAAAGAGAGAGAUUACAGGUGAACAGCUCCAAGAAGGAUGACAUAUUUAUAAAGUGAUAAUUUAUUAUGUAUUAAUGAGUGAGAUUACAGCAGAUUUCCUGUGAGAUUGUUACGAAGGGUUUUUGUAUGGUCUGUUAGGGAGGUACUCAUCAACAUUAAUGGGUUUACCACCAAUCCCAGCAAUGGCUAUAGUAUAUAUAUUAUAUAUUAUUUAAUAUAUUAUAUAUAUAUAAUGUUCUAUUUAUUGUUCUACUCAUCGCUUUUAUAUUUAACUUUUUCUAUUGUUAUUACAUUAUUCUAGAAAAAAAUAUUUCUUAGGGCUGAGAGACGAAGAAAAGGCACCUCAAGAAACGAAUACGGCUGAAAGAAUGUAGGAGGGAAAGCAGAUAGCCUUCCUUUUCCAUCGUUUGUUUCAAUUAUGUGUUGUUUUGUGACCAACAUGUGACAGCCCAGUGUUGACAGGACGCAUUAAAGACAGACGUUAAUUCACCCAGAAAAAAAACCCCAAAUAUAUUUAUACAAACACCUUUAUCAAUCCAGAUCAUCCCACAGGUGUUUGCUAUGAAAGCUCAUCUCACUGUUUGGUUAUUAAAACACAUGGUGCCCUUAUUUAAUCUCACCACAGGUGUGUUGGGAAAGCUGAGGCAGGGGGCAAGAGAGGAAGUGGAAGUUGAGCAGAAAGUGCAGCACAGAAUGUAAAGCGGUAAGGUUUCAUGUUGAACUGUAAGUGCUAUUUUUUAAGUGAGUCGAGAAAGUCGAAUGAUAUAAGGGAUAUCUAAUGUGAGUUUGUAAGGUGGGUCAUUUAUUUUGAUUGUAGAUGAGAAAGAGCAUUUUCCUUUAUGUAAGAGAAGGGAUUUUCUUCUGUCUUUAACGCGACUGCCUCCUCUUCGCUGGACGUUGUUUGUCUGCGUCGUCAUGUCUUCCAGUCUGACCACCAAGAUUUCAGAUCCCCUCAAUUCCUGUCUUCAAACGCCAGUAAGCCUUAUGGUUUAUCUCAGAAUAAGUCAAACAUUUUAAAAUCCAGCAAAAAACACAUGAGGAAAAACAUUUUUUUAAUCUGAAAGGUUAUUUGAAUUUUAAAACACUUGUGGAAGACCCUAAUAUCUGGAUGACAGAUUACAGAGAGCACCAGGGGAUGUGCUCUUAUAAGGCGUAGAAAACUGUAUUCAAUAUUUAUUUGAAUGUUUUAUUCUUAUCAUUGAUGGAUAACUUGAAUUUAUUUUCUAUUUAAUUUAUUUAAUGUUAUUUUGUUUUGGAGUUUAGCAGUAAGGGGGUGUAGUCGUGUUUCGCUCUGCAGUUUAAGUCUCCAGAGAUGUUGUCCUUGAAAUAAAUGCCGGCAUCUCUUAUACGACACAUUACCUGUUUUUCCCGCUGCUCUCAAGUCCAUCUGCUUUUCACUUGCACAUCCAUUAAAUUGCUACUAGCUGGCAAAGGCGCUUUAUGGCAGAAAGUAGAAAAGGACGGCAUGCUGCAGUCCUCUGUCCGCAGGCCUGAGUCAAAGUGGCACUCAGAACUCUUAUGAGGACUGCUUCUCUGUGAUCGAUUGAGCCUGUCUGGCACAGCUGAAGCAGCCGAGGAGUUCAAAAUGAGAGCAGCUCCCUCCCCAGCUGGCACCCUCGUCAGGCUCAAGCAAACGCUCCCAAGUAUUUGGAAGGAUUUGUGCUUUGCUUUGACCCAGGUCUGCGAUGUCUGAGGAGCUCGAGCUGUAUGUGCGCGCUUCCCGCCAAAAUCAGUAGAAACCAGAGUUCAUAAAAUACCGCUUGUAGCUUUGGCCACGGCACUUUUACAUCCAUCACUUUUUAUAUGAGUCAGAAGAAUCUGAUUCAGCCCUGCUUUAAAGGAAGAUUUUUAGCUUUUUUUAUGUUUUUAAGAAAUGAGGAUUUUUAAAGCACAUCUCCCCUCACAUACGACCGAUAGCUUUCAUGUUGCUCUGAUGUCUCGGUCAGCGCUGCAGAAUCACGCUCAGUCCGUUGGUCAGUCUUCAUAAACUCACAAUCCACUGAUGUCCCAGACUCCUUCCCUCCGUUGAGCCUCUGCUUUUAUCCAUUCCAAGUUUAUUUACUGGCAGCAAAAAUGCUUAUUCUAAGGUAAGAGAUAAAAAAAAAAAAAGUGAUCCUCCAACUACUGUAAGUGGAGAAGAUGGAGCUCCUCAUGAGUGUAGGGUUCCUCUUAAAGACUAUGAAACAGUUGUGGACUCAUGUCAGUCAUUCCUUAAACUUUAAGGACCUUUUUAAAGUUCACUCUUAAAGCUGCUGCUGUUUGUAUUGUUCAUCUAUACUCAACAGAACAGAUUUGGAUGAAAUGUAACAGACCUCAGCUGCUCUGUUUUGAUCUCGUCUGUUAAUGAACCGACAGUGUGCGCCAAAGUCAGAAAACACGUCUGUUUAAUGCAGAAAACGAGUAAACAGCUCCGGCGUUUGGAAGGAUUUCUGAAAGUAUUCGACCUCCCUCUCUUCUUCCUCUGGUCUUCUAUCAUCAUGAUUAUUAACAUGAACAAGCAUGAGAUGCAUUUAUUUAUAAGCAGCAAACAAAAAGCAGCGAAACAUGUAAAAGUAUUACAAAGUGUAACUGAGUUUUAAUGUCAUGUCCAUCUGCUGUAGCUUACAGCUGUGUGAGAUAUUUCCCAGAGGGCCGUGUUUCCCUGACGCUCUGAAACAGUCUGGAGGUGAAACAGAGAGCUGCUGGCCGGUGAGCCGCCAGGAUGUGAAAACAACAGAUUACCAUCAACAUGAAGCUGUUUUUUACACUGUACAUCCUUAGUAUUUUUACACAAUGUAUAUGAUACAUUAUUUUCCUUCUUACAGACGGCUUCAAUAAAGCACUAUGUCAAUCUGC